AUGUUCUCCGGACCGCAGAAGCAAGUCCUGCGAACUGGCGAUCGCGUACGCGCGAACUUCCAGAACCGCUAUGGCUCGAAGAGCUCAGCCACCGACGUGGGCACGCUGCUCCAGUUUACUACAUCGGAGGUGGAGAUCCACUUUGAUGAUGGUGCGGUGCAGUGCGUCUCCAAGACCUGGAUCGCCGAGCGCUUGUCCGCAUGGGAUCUGGACCUUGCGCCAGGCGAUAUCGUGUAUGCCCACUAUGCUUCUGGUAAGGGGCGCACCGUCAAUACCGAUCUUGGCAUAGUGGUGGCUGUCCUCGAUGGUGGCCGCGUUCGGAUCAGGUUUCAGGACCAAAUCAUGCAGACCAUCCCCAUGGGAUGGGUCGAGCAGGUGAUGCGAUUGGAGCCAGGAGAUCGCGUGAAUGCAUACUUCAAAGUCAACGAUGGGAGGGGCGCAAAAAGCGUCAAGACCGACAUGGGCUCGGUCCUAGCCGUCUCAAAGGAGGACGUGUACAUAGUCUUUGACGACAACGUGGAGCAAAACGUGCCCAAAACUUGGGUGUGCCACCGGGCCAGGCCCUGGAACCUGCAGGUAGAAGUCGGAAGCGUCGCAGACGUUCACUUUGAGGUGGGCGAAGACGGACGAAGAAGUACCAGCACCGAUAUUGGAAUCGUGCUGUCGGACCCCAUUGACGGCCGUGUGCAGGUGCAGUUCCAGGACACAAUCCAGCAGACGGUCCCUUUGGGAUGGAUCGUGCGUCUCCGCGAGUGGGCCGUGGGCGAUCGGGUCCAGGCCCACUUUAAGACGGGCGGCGGUGAGAAGAGCACAGAUACUGACGUUGCCACUGUCAUGAGCUCUUCUUUGCUGGAGGUGGACUUGUACUUUGAUGAUGGAAUCCAGCAGAAUGUUUCCAAGGCAUGGGUAACCGAACGGGUGCGCGACUGGCAUGCCGAGGUGUCGGAGCUCUCAUCGGGGGACGUGGUGAUCGCACAUUUCAAGCGCCCGGGUAACCAUUGCCGAAGUGUGCAAACUGACCGUGGCAUCGUGCUGACGAUUCUGCAACGGGGCGAGGUGUCCGUGAUGUUUCAGGACGACAUCACUCAGGUCAUUCCCAAAGGAUGGAUCCAGGCCGUGGCAACACGCUGGUCUGGUCAGAGAGACGAGUUUGCCAGAGACAAGGCGCCUGAUGGGUCGAAUGUCGUGGAAGCAAGCCACACUCUGGUACAUAAGGGCUUGAAUUCUUCACUCCAAAGGUUCUGCCGCGUGACAAUGAAGGGCCCGGAGGAUUACCGCACCAUCAGGCUGGAGCCGAGUGCGGUCCGCUGCCGGCCGGCGGAGGCCUGGCAUGCAGGACGCUGGAAGCCACCGCUAGGUUCCACGUCGAGCUUCUCCUUCGCGCUGGCUGUGGAGAAGUCCGUGAAUUGCUACGUCAAUGUUGGCCUUGUGGAGUGGAAGGCAGCUCGCAAGGAAGCAGAUGAAGAUCACCAGCAGGACACCGUUGCUCCUGCGACCUCCACACAAAGCUUGGCGGACAUCUUGAAGGUGAAGUCUGAUGCUGAGGACUAUCCCACAGAUUCGAGUCAGCGCAGUUGUGAAUGCCCAGGGAAGGACGGUGCAUGUUCGAAGGUGGAACCGCAACGACCUUCGUUACGGUGUUGCAGGACGAAGUGCCAGGAGGCUGGCUGCCUGAGCAGCACGUGCAAUACUCGGAAGCCGGACGGAUGUUGUCUCCCUGAGAAUUCAUAUGACUGCAACAGAACACUCAGGUCGACGAGAACCCGAGGCAGAUGA